AUGGCGAUAUGGCCCUUUAAUCGCAAGAGCAAGCGGCACACCAUCCAAGUGACCGGUGCCGAAGCUGCUGAUCUUCACUCCUCGUUUGCUAAACCUACCAUCGAGCCCACCUUGGGCCGCAAACAAUCCAAACGCCAAAGUAACCAAACGUCACGGGAUGCUGCAGACAGCCGGCGCAGCUCGGCCCUUGCGCCUUCAAAUCGACCUAUCUCAUCUCUAGACCGCCCUACUUCCGCCGAUCAUUCACGGGACCCUCGACCACGUGACCCUCCACUCUCAAGAACAGCUUCGCUGCUGAGGCGGAAACCAAGCCAAAAUGCACAUGUUCCGAAUAAACUACGACGAAAGCUGAGCAAGCGCAAAGCAAACGAGAUCAUGCGCGAGCGUGAGAUUCGUAUGCUGUCGUCCAUCCCCAUCGAUAUCCCCCAUCGUCCGACUGAUUAUGUACUGGAAAAUCGCCGUCGAAAGGCAAAUGGUCGACGUGCCGACCGGUAUAUGUCUGACAUCAGCCUCUCCAUUCGUGACUCCGCCACUUCCUCCACGUCGGACAUCUCCGACCCAUACACCUACAAGGUCAACGCUUUUGCUGCUUUGACCCCACGCCCCGUCGUUCGUUAUGUCGAAGCUCCUCGCCUGCAAACCGCUAGAAGUGGUAACCCGCCUACUUCUAGCCGACAGGAGAGAGAAAAAUUACAGGCUCUAACCAUGUCCGAAGAAGAUUUCUACUGUUCUAAACGACGAGUAAAUGAACUCGCUGAUUCAUUAGAUGCCGGGGCUUUGAGAGAGCUUCUGGACCGUGACCGUCGCCGCCGAGAGAAGAAGCAGGUCGACGACCAGGAAAGACUGCGGCGGAAGCUGCAGGAGAGGGCUGAUGCUCAGCAGACAGAGGAACAAAAACUCCAGGCCGCCAUUCAGAUCGAACCCGAACCCGAACCCGAACCCAAUCAACCAGAGCCGUCCAUCGCCGAAGUCCCUGAGCCCGAGGACGUUGUCCUGAACGACGAGACCACCACCUCUCAAGUUGAUGAAGCGACGGCCGUCGCACCGGAGGGUGAAUCGUGGUUGCUGCGAGCUUCCAAGGGCAGCGAAAACACUGGGCGUGAAUCGCGGGAAAGCUCUCGCGUAGUUGGAAAUAUCGAUGAUAGUUCCGUUCGUGAGCGGAGAUUGGUGCAACGCCCUAGCUUCGCCCCGUCAAACGACAUUACUAUGUCUCGGACUACCCUUUCACCAUCUCAUUCAUCGCUUCGACAUGGGCUAAAUAGCCCAAACCAGUCACAAAUCCGUGCUCCCAGCUCCACAUCGGACAUCUCCAGAGGAGUUGACUCAGAACGCCGACUUUCCGACACCAGUGGUCGUCGAGGGAAUACCAUUACGUCCUUGUUCAGGCGUGGGUCUUCUCGUCUCAAGCGGACAUACAAAGAGCGAUUCCACGACACUACUCCUGAAGUUUCGAACACAUCGCAUGAAUCUUUCUACAAAAUUCAGACCCAAUCAUCGCCUCCUCCGCCCUCGAUUAUCCCUCCGAGAAUUUUAAUGCCCACUGGAACCGUGAAGCGCUCCCAAUCAAAGUUCACCGAACACUUUGGCGACGAACCUCUGUCGCCUCCUGAUUCCCGCCUACAGUCGCCAGAUAUCCCGGAAGAAGUGCUCGAGUCUUCUCUCGAGAGGGAUGAGACUUUCUUGCGGGAACCAACACCCAGCCCUGGUGUGGACAUCAAAAACCCGAACCGAAGCCAUCAUCGAUCGUGGGCUUCGGAUAGUAUGGACACUGAGGCCGAUAACGUGCCACUUUCCCAAUCUCUGGCUUCAAUUGAUUCUGAGGGAUCUUGGAUGUCAGGCCAGUUUUUCCGUCGGAUGUCUCAAAAGCCCAGCAGUCCUGUUCGAUCGAAUUUGAACUCAUUUGGCCAAGAGUCGGAGGAGGCCCCCGCAGAUGCCCCCGAAGAAGUCGAAUCACUGGAUGAGUCCCGCCGUCUUAGCAGCAAUACCCUUGAGCCAGAGCUCGAACCGGAAGUCGCAGACAGCUCGGCCAGCCACCCAGCCGAGAGAUGGCACAACGAGGUCGGCCGCCGCGCUGUUCUGGUGAACCCGGUGGUCCGUCCUAAGUCCACACAAGGAAUGCUUAGAGGAUUUCCUUCGUUGACGCCCAUCUCCGCAGAAGAAGAUUACAUUGUGGAGGAGACAACCCCUUCGGAACUGCAGCGGAUCCCCAGCACGAAAGCCGAGAUUGGCUAUGCCCAAUAG